CUGUCAGACAUUGCGUGUGUUCUGCUGUGUUCUACACGAAUCGAUCCGGCAAGCCGGAAAGAAGGUAUAACAAGCAAGUGUCGCAUUAUAAUACGUAAAGAAAAUCUCCAACGACAUGAGACUUCCAUGAAUGAUACCGUCUUCUCUCUCAUAUUUACGCUCACCACUUUCGGACUGUCUCUCUCUUUUUUUGGUAUCCUUGUGAACACAGCAGACAGCUAGUUGUCAAUAAUGCAAAGUGUAAUAAAUUCAGUAAAAGGCACGGCGUUGGGCGUCGCUGAAUACUUGACGCCAGUACUGAAGGAAAGCAAGUUCCGAGAAACAGGUGUUUUGACACCAGAAGAAUUUGUAGCCGCUGGAGAUCAUUUGGUGCAUCAUUGUCCCACGUGGCAGUGGGCUACUGGUGACGAGGAUAGAGCAAAGUCUUACUUACCAAAAGGCAAACAGUUUCUGCUAACUCGCAAUGUUCCCUGCACACGACGAUGCAAGCAGAUGGAGUAUAGCAACGAACAGGAAUGCAUUAUAGAAGCAGAUGAUCCCGAAGGUGGUUGGGUGGAUACUCAUCAUUAUGCCACCAGUCUAGCUGGCUUGGAUGAAAGAGUAACAGAAAUGGCGUUGGAGGAGACAUCGGAAGCUCCAGCCCAAACUGAAGAUAAUGCAGAUGAAGAUGAGGAUGAUGAGGACGCUGCCGACAUGGAAGCUUUUGAAAUUAGUGGAAUGCUAGAUGAUCAGGAUAAGCACGCGACAACAGAAAGUACAAAGAAAAGUAGCCAAGAGAAACGGAACUCAUUUACGGAGGGAGAAAUUAUUCACACUCGCACCUACGACUUGUACAUUACAUACGAUAAAUACUAUCAAACGCCUAGAUUAUGGUUAUUUGGAUACAAUGAGAACCGAAAGCCACUUAGCGUAGAAGAAAUGUAUGAAGACGUCAGUCAAGAUCACGCGAAGAAGACAGUUACGAUGGAAACUCACCCGCACUUGCCCGGUCCUCCUAUGGCUUCUGUUCAUCCCUGCAGGCAUGCCGAAGUAAUGAAGAAGAUUAUGGAGACAGUAAUGGAGGGCGGCGGAGAAUUGGGAGUGCAUAUGUACCUUAUAAUAUUUCUCAAGUUUGUUCAGUCUGUCAUACCGACGAUCGAAUAUGACUACACGCAAAACUUUAUGCUAAACGCAAUCGGCUAAAUGUAUUGUUAUGAUUAAAUAACUAGCAUUCUAUUGUAAUUAAUAUAAAUUGCUUACAAAUUGUAUUCAAUGGAUAUGCGGGAUAUUUGUGUAUCGAUGUUUACUACGCUUUUCAUCAUCACGUAUGUGCGAAAAUAUGAAAAUCGUGAGGAUAUUCGAUAUCGCGUAAGGAUCCAAGAAUGUACAAUUAUAUGUAUUAUGAAUUUGAGAAUCUAGAAAGCACGGUAUCUAAGGGAAUCUAGCGUCGAAUGUGAGCAUUCAGUUCAGAGAGUUUAAAUGAUAUUAAAUCGCCCGGAUUUCAAGCGUUUCGCAUUUUAAAAUCCAUUUAUAUACUCAUCCUAAUUAAUUUUAAGUAAAAUGUACCUCCACAGCAAGUGCACAUUACAACACGUUUUUUACAUUGCGAUAUAAUUGAGUUAAGUUGAUAUUAUUUGACGUGAUACGGACGUCAAGACAAUAAGUGAAAAAUAAAGGCUAUGUUGAAAGCAACGAAAAAUCUCACAAAAAUACGAAAGUAAUUUCCUACAAUUAAUUAAGCUAAUUAUCUGCUAGCUUAUUUAUUUACAAAAAGAAGCUGAAAUAUUUAUCAAAAUCGAUUAUAGUUAUUUAUUAGGAAAAUAAAUGUAAAUAUUCCGAAUUACCUGUGUGUGAUCAAUUUAUUUGCAGAAUUAUGUAUAUAAUCGAAUAACGACACGAUAAAUUAAGACUGUACACUUAAUCUUGAAACUGAAGAAAUUAAUAGAAAAAAUUAUAGAACUAAUUAAAAAAAAAAACUGCGAACGCUACUGAAGACCGGGUGUAGUAUUGCUCGAAGUAUAGCCAAGUACACGGUUCUGCGAUUAUGGUGCCACAUUUUUCAGUCAACCCAUUUCCUUUAUUUUCUUUCUCACACGUCGGAAAUACACAUAAUUACUUGCCGUUAUACUGAUAAUUCGUAACACCCCCAUAAAUUUACUGACAUAUAAAUUAACAUAAGCGCGAUUAGAUGAAUUGCUCGUUUGAUAAAAUAAACAGGCUCUACACGGCACGAUAUCGUCCACAUUAUUUUACGAGCAAUUAGAUAAAA